CAGCAAGUCCCUUAUUACAACACAGCCCCCUGCUUAGGGAGGGGGAGCCGCCGAGUGGGGUGCCGAUGACACAGUCUCAUCCGUGAAACUAGAGACUACCAAUUCAGCUCAGCAUACUGACCCUAUGAGCCAACGAGAGAGCAAAUCCAUUGGGCGACAUCUAUAGCUAAAGCAGCAAGAGAAAAGAGACUGGGGGAAACGGAGGUAGUUCAGCGCAGGGAAGUGGCCAAGCGAGGGGGACGCACAAUACUGUAGCUACAGUUUUCUUUCUCCACCGAGAACCAUUCCGUCUCCUGAAUUAACCUCGUAUUCGUUCAAAAAGAGAAUUCUAGCGUGUAUAUAACAUCCAGCACGCAAAACUGGGUAAACUCUGGGAAAGCAAACGACAACCCUAAUACCUUCACAAUGAAGAAAAACAAUUCGGCCAAACGGGGCCCACAGGAUGCCAACCAGCCUUCGUCGCAACCGGAUAAAAUCGGGUGGAUUCGCAAGUUUUGUGGCAAAGGGAUUUUCAGGGAAAUAUGGAAAAACCGUUUCGUGGUGCUCAAAGGGGACCAACUCUACAUUUCUGAGAAAGAGGUGAAGGAUGAGAAGAAGAUCCAGGAGGUGUUUGACCUGACGGACUACGAGCGCUCGGAGGAACUGCGCAAGUCCAAGAGCCGCAGCAAGAAGAACCACAGCAAGUUCACCCUGCUGCGCUGCCGGCAGCCAGGGAACACGGUCCCAAAUCUGGUUUUCCUGGCUGUCAGUCCGGAGGAGAAGGAGUCCUGGAUUAAUGCUUUGAAUGGGGCCAUCACCAGAGCCAAGAACCGCAUCCUGGAUGAGGUUACGGUGGAAGAGGAAAGCCUCCUGGCUCAUCCCACGCGCGACCGUGCCAAGAUCCCACACACCCGCCGCCUGCCCACCCGUGGGCAUCUCAUGGCAGUGGCGUCCACCUCCACCUCCGAUGGCAUGCUGACUCUGGACCUCAUCCAGGAGGAGGACGCCAGCACCCCAGAGGAGCAGGACACCGGCGACAAGAGCUUCCGGGUCGACCUGGACAAACCGGCGGGGCAGGCCGCGUUGGGCGGCCAGGGCUCGGAUUCGGAGGGCGGCAAACCCGCGGCGCCGUGUGAGCCGGCCGGGAGGGCGGGGAGCCUCCCCAGAAAGGGCGAGAUCUCCUGGGACCGGCAGCAGCCCGACGGGCAGGCCCGCACCCCGCAGCCCAGCAAGAGGCUGACCCCGGCCGAGAAGAGCCGCUGCGCCUCCAUGGAGGAGAUCCUCUCGCACUCGGACACGCGCGCCACCAAGCGCGCCCUCCCCUCCUCUCCGUCCGCCCCGGCCCAGCCCAUCAGCCGGCUGCAGGACCUCAUCUCCCAGAAGCUGGAGAGAACUCAGGAGCUGCUGGCCCAGGUGCGGGUGCAGGAGAUGCAGGGCGGGGAGGCUGAGAGGCUGCUGCAGGAGGCCGCCUCCACCUGGGGCCAGGCCCAGGACGUGCUGGAGGAGGUGCAGGGCCUGCGGGCGCUGUACCGCCAGCUGGAGGAGGCCCCCGCCGCGCCCCUCACGCCCUCGCAGAGCGCCAAGCUGAAGAGCCCCCAGCAGUCCCAGCACAGGAAGAGCAUGAUGUGAUGCAGGGGGGGACUACAUGAGACAGAGGACCGCUAAACCCUUGUAAAAGCAAAGCAAAAUGAAUUACAGGCAUGUGGAAAUAUGUCUGGAUUUGCUUUUUUUUUUUAAAUGUGUUUCUUUUCACUCUAUGCUGUGACAAAAAAAUGCACAAAUUUAGUUCCCUUGAAUGCUGAUCUCCACUUUGUAUGUUUGCGCCUUCGGCGCGUGUAUGUUUUCUGUUCAGGGGAAUUGGGAGCAGGGUGCGACUCUCGUCAGUGUUGAGUUGUCAAAGUAGACUGGGUGCAGCGCUUUGUGCAGCGCUUUGCUGUCCAGGGACAGCGGAUCUGAACCAGCCGAGGCGUCAGGCGGCUGAUGUAGUCCCGCCUAGCGCUCUCUGUACAUACUGUCAGGCUGCGUCGCAGGCCCCCUCUGACAGCAGGUACAGGGUUUUGAGCGCUGUGCUUCUGGGCUGGGAAAGAUAUCGGCUCAGAAGGAAGAGCUGCUGGGACAGCCCGUCUCCCGGCUGGCCCGCCCGGAAUGUGAAUGUUUUCCUUUCAUGUUUGGUAACGCACUGGAAAUGUUCCAUAACCGUGCUGCUGCAAGUUCCCAGGGCUCCAGAUCAAUACAGCCACCGAGCUGGAGUCCCUGCUGUUGUAAUAAUGCCAUUCAGAAACAUAACUGCCGGGGUCCCUGUCACCAAAUUUGUUGGAGCUGACCUAAGUCCCAUCCCCGGGCCACAGUUUGAAUGAAAAACACAGGGGCGAUGUCACCAGUGGCUCACAAGCUGAUACAGCGAACGCUGUAGUCAAAAGACAGAUAUCAAAUGCAAAACCUAGGCAAAGUCUGUAUGGCCACGAUUGACAUCAUCAGGUUUUGUUGUUUUGUGUUAAUUCAAUUUUAGCUUUUGUGUUGCAAGAUGAACAAAAACAAUGACAGCACACAAAGCCAGUGUGUUGUCCUCUACAGCAGUCAGCCUGGUGUGGAUAUUAUUUUUUUCAUUCUGGGGUCAGACAAGGUGAAGGGAUUGCUCCAGCAGUUUUUGGUUUCGAAAUGAAGGUAAUGGAGACUUCAAAUCGAGCUUCAUUUGGAGAUCCCACGCAGUACUUGCAGGAAAGAAACCACUUAUUAUGAAAAUAAGCAAAUAGUAAUAAUGAACUGGAUCUGUGUUUGUAGGUCAGAGGGGUUUAUGCAAUUGCACCAUGAGGAACACUGUAAAACAAGAACUCGACACUGGUGUGCAGAAAGUGCAGAUGCAUGUGAGUUGUUUUCCUGGCAAGGAAUACUUGAAUACUUGUGGGCUUAACUUUGUUAAGACAAUCUAGCCAGCAACGCAGGGACUGUAUAUUACAGCGUUUUGCAUCUCAAUCACAUUUCCAAUGAAAAUGGAAUACAAAAUGUAAAAACUGCCUUAGAAUACCUUCAGGUAGGAUCUGUAUGCUGUAUCUUACACCUAUAAACACUGUUUGCUGUUCUGAAUCUGAAGAAUAAGUUGUAAAUGCAGUGUUAUAUUAGAUGUUUGAAUAUGGGCCCUGGCAUGCAUGUGCUGGGGGUCAGAAAGUGAUUGGCUAAAUGGUGUUAAUGCUGGGCUGUUCGUCUUCUCUGAUUGGUUUAUGCCCUGUUGUAUAAUGGGAGUUUGCCUCUGCGGUUUUGUGUACCAGUGAACGGUCAUUUUCAGCUGCAGAGUGAGGAACUGCUCAGUGGAGUGGGUCAGAAAUGGCUGACAAACCAAAGGGUAUUUCUUGCCAGCAUGCCUCGCCUUGUUUUACAGUUAGUAACUUUAAAUUGUGUUUGCACAGUAGUACUGGGGGUUAUUCUGUUCUGUCACUCAAACAUUACUAAAACAGUGUUAUUUUUGUGUGUUUUUUUAAUGUGAAAAGUGCUUUUUGAUGGAAUAAGAAAGGUAUGCUUUUGAGAACAAAAAGCAGGGGUCAUGGACUCAAAAGGUGUCUGCUUUGAGAAUUGUCAUAACUGUUUGUGUGGGAGCUCAGCUCUGUAGCUCAGCAAUGCAAAUUCAUCAGUGAAGCUAUGCACAUUAAGGCACAUAAAGUUAAUGUUGGAUCUAAAGGAAAUGAGCAUCAAAGAACUUUAAAGACAGUCGUGGGGAUUUUUGGUAAAAAAAAGCAUAGUUGCUCAUGCAAAUAUUUUAAGUUGGUGUCCAAAUCUGUGGCUUUGUAUGCAGUUAUAUGAUUGAGCAAAGUUUAUUUUCAAGGACACCAGGAUUUUUCUCCACAGGAUCACAGUACACUUCUCUGGAAUCAGGGACGUUGACUCUUAAACACACCCUCAUUGGUCAUAGCUUUGCCUUGAAGAAUUGGACCAUUAAGCAAAGCAUGCAGUUAAAAUAUGAAAAAUAAUAGUGGAAAAUUGUUUUGGACGACAAUUGGAAUAGAAAACAAAUAUUUCUCCAAAAUGGCUGUCUCCCUAAAUGUAUGGGGAAUUGCAUAAAGGCUCUGGGUCCACUUGCACUGUUAUUAGCCUGUCUGAUUGUGUCAGAAGAAACUCUCAAACUCAUUUCUGGAGCACGUGUUAGAAGCUACUACUGACAUAAUUCACAGGCUGUCUUGCUAAAAGCAAUCUGCAAAAACCUUCAUUGAAAUGAAAUCAUCUGAGUAGGAGGAUGUGGUUUUUAUUUUUGAAUGCUGUUCAUAGACUUGUCAGGUUCACUUAUAAGAACCAUGACGACAUACAUCUUUUUUUUGCGAUCAGUGAACUUGGAGACCAGGGGCCUGUUCUACACAGCAGGAUUACUGAGACAGCCAGAUAACUUCUGUUUUUCCUUUAGUCCAUGUUCCAGAUUUGGCAGGGGUCCAGGUUUUAACCAGUGCCGUUAUCCAGCUAACUCAGUAUUCUACUUUGUGUAACAGGCUGCAGGUGGGUACUUACAGGUGUGCAGCAUUGUAGGAAUAUUGGAAUCGUGUUUUUUUUGUCAGACUUUACAAUCAUAUUACUCACUGACACUACUUAACACACAUGCAUAUUGCAUUGAGUUAAUAUAUGCAUAUAGUGCAAGUAGCCUGAAAACAGAUGCUUCUAUUCAAGGGGUAUUGCUACAAAAGGGCUAAGCUUUCCACACAAAUAUUACAACUAAGUAGGCCAUAUUACGAUGUUUACUUUAUUAGUAUUAUUGUUUUCUUUUUGUUGGAUGUAGCCUGUUGAACAAAGCACAGGCAAUCCUGAGGGUAAUAUGUUUGUUUGCUUGUUUUUUCUUCUUACCAUAAGUUUUAUGUUUCCAGAGCCUUUUGACUAAUCGUAAUUUUAAUUUUAAUUAGGCCUGUAAUUAUUAUUUGUUUUCUGGUAUGUUUGGAUUCCCUAAAGUCAUGUGUACAUCAGUCUCCUGGUUUUCAUUUUCGACAGAUGGAUUAGCGAUAUUGUGUGAUGUCAAUGUGUGAUUUAUUUUACCGGGUACGACUGCAGUGAAACAGGGUGAAGAGGCCAGUUAGCCACAAGAUUAAAAAAAGAAAGGCUGCCAUUGCAAUCUUGUCUACCAGUUCAACGGCUCAACAUUACUGCUCUACUUGAGCUAUUGUACGAACAGUUCUCCAUUGCUGUGGCGUCAUGACACAACAGUCAUCAGGUGGCAUUAAACUAUGAAUUGAUACCUUUUAAUUUCCUGUCAGUACAAAUUCUGUUAUGGAACUUCAAUGAUAAAAUGAACUUAAAAAGGAAGUGAGCUGAGCAUAGCAACUGAGCUAGACGUAGUGUAUUGGCAACCUUGAUAGCAUACCACAGUUAUGCCAAAGAUUACAAGGUAGGAGUAUACAUCCUCCAGCAAAUGAUUAAGGAUAAUGAAUAAUUUCAUGGAUUAGAAGACAAGCCGUCUUUUUGGUUGUCGCAUGUCUUGCACUUGGUGUGGAUGGUUUGACUUCAGCCAAAAUAACCUUCAGAUGCAACAACAACUCACAAACAGGUCACCCCAAACAGUGGGCAUUAGCUGAAAUCAUUGUCUGUAUUCGGUUCCAGGAACAGACUUAUUCAUUCCAGAUAUAUGAUGGAUUGUGUGAAUGUUGCUGUUGUUAAACUUAAUUACAAUGUUUGAACCACACAAUGCUAAUGGAAUGUUAAAUGAAUGUGCUGUGUAAAUGUUUAUUGUCGAGAUGGCGUUUACAGAAAAUACAUUUUAAAUACACUUAGUGAAGAAGUGGUACUGAAUGGAAUGAAAUUACAGGGCAUAUGAAUUGUUUUUCAAACUUACUGCACAACUUAUUUCGAGUCACAUUGGUUUUAAUUUACAGUCAUUUGAAGAAAUGUUUUCAUUAUGAUUUAGUAAUUUGUCAUGAAUGUACAUGUGGUUCUUAUGCUGUCAUUUGACUAUCAGUGAAUUUUAAAAGAUCACUCCUGGUUUACCUUCAGCUACAAAAAAUAUUUCUGCCAUUUUAUAACUGAUUGCUCAGAAGGGUGUUUUGGUUGAAGUUUUCAAGCAAUUUUAUUCUAAAGCAAAAAGUCUUCCUUCCUUUUACAUAUGUUUCAUUUUAGUUUAACAUUGCUUUUCCUCUGUGGCAUAGAGGGGAAUUUUAUUCACACGUUUGUCUUGUACCAAAUGGUAGUUACUUUAGCCUUAACAUGGUGUUGGGUUUGUGCAAGGGCUUGGAAUCGGUAUAGCAAAGAGAAAGGAUUGUCACCCACAUUCGUACAUGGUACAGAUGCUUGUUUCAAUAUGGUGCAACAGAGACACCAUAAUGAGUCAACUGAUUUAUUUAGUUAACUGAAGAAGGCAUUCAGCUCUUUAUGGCUGAAAUUGGUUAAGCCUUGAGAUUUCAGGGUUUAAUGUGAAUAAAUGUGCUAUAAAAAGAA